CAUACUGGUAUUGUCGCACCAAACCAUUGCAGCCUUCCUGUCUGAAUGUGUCCUCCCUUCCCCAGGUCACCCCGCCUCUUCCAUGACCUACAACACCAACCUCGUCGACUGUUCAAGUCUUUCGUCCCGCCAACCGCGGCGCCAAGAACCCCAGGAUGGGAUCGGGUGAAUCCACUAUCAUCACGACAACCUUGACUGUGUCCAGCAAUGGCCGGGUCGAGGGCUGGAACGACCAGCCUAACAGUCGGGGAACCAUGGACAUUAUAUGGAUCUGCCUCACCACAACUUUCUUCUGCACUUAUGUGGUCCUCUCGGUCAACUGUCCCGCGAGGGGUGAACCGUGGUGGAAAGGAGAGGCUCGGAAGCUGCUAUGGGUCGCAAUCGGCAUUUCCGGCCCAGAAUUCAUCCUCACCGCAGCUGCUGGGCAGCUAGCCCUCGCUCGAGAUUCCGUCAAAACGUUUCGCAGUGCCGGUUACCAAGGCUGGACAUAUCGACGCGCAUUUUUUGCCAACAUGGGAGGCUUCGAGCUCAUUCCGCCCGAUUUCCCCCCUUUUCGAAUCAACUCAAAACACAUUCACUGGCUUGUUAGCCGAGACUAUAUCGAUUUCCCCGAGGUAUCCGACGAGGAGUUGUGGGACAAAUCGAAGCAAGACACGCUUACCAAGGCCAUCACAUGUUUACAAGCUGGAUAUUUAGUCCUUCAGUGUAUUGGCCGUGCCAUUCAGGGGCUUGAUGUCACAACUCUCGAACUCUCCACUGUGGCCAUCGUCGUUUCGGGUCCAAUCGCAGCUCAUCCAUACCGUCAAACCCCACUGGACUUUGUCGAUGAUUUCACGCCAAGCUGGGCUCUCAACAUCCAUCGCUUUAUGCAGCUGCCCGUCGGCCGCAACAGCUCCAUGCGCCCCAUCACCCGAAUCGGUGACAGCAGACUCCCUGCCAUGACUUGGAAGGAGAGCAGUUGUCUCUGCCUCGCUACCUUUGCCUACGCUUCUGUUCAUAUGCUGGGGUGGAACUUUUCGUUUCCCACGCCUCUCGAGCAAUUUCUCUGGCGCAUAUCCAGUUCUAUUCUUGUCGGCACGACCGUUGCCUUCUGGAUCAUCGAGAGCUCUGCUAAGAUGUAUCGACGGCGACCCCUCCUAGGCAAGAAGAAAUCCAAAACCACGGACAUCUUGCCCGUUCAGGAGUCCUCACCCGAACCGAAGAACCCUGAGGAAGAGGUGAAAGCAUUUGUGCCCAAGCAGCUCCCACUGGUGUGGGAAUUCUGGGGUAUCUUCCCGAUUUCCAUUAUUUACGCCGCGGCGCGAGGUUAUAUUCUGAUUGAGGCGUUCUAUGGGUUGAGAUCGGUACGUCCGUCCGCGUAUCAGGAGAUUGAGUGGCUUUCUGUUAUACCCCAUCUAUAA